GCAGUGUUGUUUGUGACACAUCUCCCUUGCUCGGACCGUUGCAGUAGCGCCGUCAUGCACGAUAUUGACUGGCCAGAUAGCAGUCCCUAGUCCCACCUCUUGAAGACCUCGAGCGCCCUGGGACGGACGAACCAUAAAGACUGGCAUCUGCACGAGAGGCGGUUUCCCAGGUUUUUGGCUUCAGUCACCCACUGUCACUAGCGUCGGCUGCGCUACACCAAAGGUCAACCCGCUCUGCUCCUGCGCCACUCCCUGUCAAUGCUUUGACGGUUGCACCACGAGCCGACCUUCUGUCUCCUCCGUUUUUUCGAGAACCCACUAACACGUAAUGGACUAUCCGCAUAGCUGCAGCUUCUUAGGGUGGAGAGACAGCCCCGAGUCUUUCAGCGGUCCGCCACUGCGAGCAACGGGCCCUGCGACGCUAUUGGAACACCUGCCCGCCAAUAUUCUGCUCAACACCCCCAUCUCCCAAAUAGACCAUUAUCGAUUCAUCCUGGACUGCAGAUAUUGCCGUGAUCCCGGCGUCUUCCGGUUCCGGUCCCGUCUUUGCACGAACUAUAUGCAGGCCGCGCAAAGUCAUAUGUCCUCAACGCAUUCCACUCUCUUCGAAGAUACCCAGCAUUUUCUCCAUCUUGCCACCUUCCCGGUUGCCUGCGCUGAAUGGGAGGUGCAGGAGCACAACGAAAAAGUGGCCCACCCCGAGAUGUGUCAGGUUGGUGCCGUGGUCUUGGUGAGUGGUCGGAACGAGUUGACGGCUCGCAUCCUGGAGUGCGACAGCAGCCACUUGGAGUACAAAGUGCAACUAUAUGAGAAUGGUAAAAGGUAUUUGGACCCGAUAUGGCGACAGGACGAGGAGAAGUGA